AUGGAGGCGCUUGAUGCCAAAGAUGCCGCUGCGGAUGCAGGCGCCAGCACUGGGCCGCCAACCCCGAGCGCGAUCGGCGCACUCGUCAUCUUCCUCGUCUCAGUGGCUUGCGUGAUUGCGCUUGUCCUGCUGCCCGUCAAGCUGCGAGUCCCCGUGCCGCGCCGCCUCCGUGCCGCCCGCAAUGGCGGCGGCAGCAGCAGCGGCGGCGUGCGCGCGUCUGUCGCCGUCCGCAUCCCGCACUGGCUCCCACCGCCGCUGGGCGUCCUUGUGAUGCUCGCGGCCGGCUGCCUGGACAGCCGCGGGCUGCUGAACGGUAUACUGGGGGAUUCAUCAAUCCAGCCAUACUCCAUCCUGAUCCUGUUCCUGGCGCUUGCCUACAUCGCUGCGGCGCUCGACCAGACGGGCGCGUUUGCCUGGCUCGCCCUCAAGAUGACGGGGCGCGCCGCGACGACGGGCCCGCGGCUGUUUGUGCUGCAGUCGCUGCUGGCGGCCGUGGUCACGCUCUUCACCAGGUGA